AUGUCCACGGCUCACACAAUCCUUCUAGUCCAGCCUGAUAAGAAAGCGGAAGGUCGAACCUACUCCGAUUACCAGUCUGUAAAUGACUGUAUGGAGGGCGUCUGCCGAAUCUACGAGGAGCACUUGAAAAAGAGCAACCCUACAAGCAACCAGAUUACCUACGACAUCGCCCAGCUCUUCGACUUCAUCGACGAAAUCAAUGACAUUGCCUGCUUCGUUUACAAGUCCGACGGAUCCUCGUACAAGCCCUACAAUCGCGAGUGGAUCAAGGAGAAGAUCUACAUCCUGCUCAAGAGACAAGCCAGUGGUAUCUGA